AUGGUCCCAUAUCAUGAACCAAUUUAUGGCUUUUAUAGGGAACAAGUCUCCACCCGCAACAACAUUUACCUCCAUACCGUCUUCCGCGAUGGCGCCCAAACAAAGACAGUUCCUAUCCGCUUUCUCAUCGUCGACGCACUUACAUCUUAUAAUGUCCUCCUCGGUCGCCCUUCACUCAACACCCUUGGCGAUGUCGUCUCCACCCCUCAUUUUGCCAUGAAGUUUCCCUCCCCAUCUGGUGACAUCCUCACCAUUCAUUGCGACCAACGCCUUGCACGCGAAUGCUACAUGGCCAGCCUACGCCCAAAAAUCCCCAUCCUGCAAACCAAUCACAUUGAGCGACCACCCGACUCUGAGAUCACUUUGUCCGGUGACGAUCUUCACCGUGAUGUUCACCUUGAACCUGUUGAAGAAACUACCCCUUGGAGCUCCCAAAUGGCCGCUUCAUCAAACUUGAAAAAAUGUAAACUCGGCGAGGAACGACGCCUAGCAGCCAAGGCCGAGGCUGAUAAAUUACUGAGUACAGGGUUCAUCGAAGAAGCUCACUAUACCACUUGGCUCUCUAACGUGGCCCUGGUUAAGAAGGCCAAUGGCAAGUGGCAGAUGUGUGUUGAUUACACGGAUCUUAACAAAGCCUGUCCCAGAGAUGUCUACCCCUUACCCAAUAUUGACCGACUUGUUGACGGCGCAACCGGUAACAAGGUCCUCAGCUUUCUUGAUGCAUACUCCAGUUAUAAUCCCCAUGGCCGCAUCCGACACCAAUUACUUCUACAAGGUCAUGCCAUUUGGCCUUAA